CACUCGUUGCCGCAUUUGUACGGCAUCUCCGGCCAAAGCCAAAGUAAAAAAAAAGAAGAGAAAAGGCAGCAAAACGCACUGUAACAGCUUCACCCGAAGAAGACCAAGCGCAUCAUGGACAGCAGAAACGUCGUCGUUUGCGACAACGGAACCGGGUAUGUGAAGUGUGGUUUUGCGGGGGAGAAUUUCCCCACAUCGGUUUUCCCAUGCGUGGUGGGAAGACCAAUGCUCCGUUACGAAGAAUCACUCACUGAGCAAGAGCUUAAGGAUAUUGUUGUUGGCGAAGGGUGUGCAGAUUUGCGGCAUCAGCUUGAUAUAUCUUAUCCUGUGAACAACGGCAUCGUGCAAAACUGGGAUGACAUGUGUCACGUGUGGGAUCAUGCGUUUUACAAUGAAUUGAAGAUUGAUCCUCCGGACUGUAAGAUUCUACUCACCGAUCCGCCUCUUAAUCCUUCCAAGAAUCGCGAAAAAAUGGUUGAGACAAUGUUUGAGAAGUACAAUUUUGCUGGAGUGUUUAUCCAAAUCCAAGCUGUUCUAACAUUAUAUGCUCAAGGUUUGCUCACUGGAUUAGUUAUUGACUCAGGUGAUGGUGUCACUCAUGUGGUUCCAGUUGUUGAUGGUUAUUCUUUCCCCCAUCUAACUAAACGAAUGAAUGUUGCUGGUCGACAUAUAACCUCCUAUCUUGUUGAUUUGCUUUCAAGGAGGGGGUAUGCAUUAAAUAGGACUGCUGAUUUUGAGACUGUUAGGGAAAUCAAAGAGAAGCUAUGCUAUAUAAGUUAUGACUAUAAGAGGGAAUAUCAGUUGGGACUUGAAACCACUAUCCUUGUUAAGAACUAUACUCUUCCAGAUGGAAGGGUCAUUAAAGUAGGCACUGAAAGGUUCCAGGCACCAGAGGCUCUUUUCACUCCGGAACUUAUAGAUGUAGAAGGUGAUGGAAUGGCUGACAUGGUAUUUCGCUGCAUUCAGGAAAUGGAUAUUGACAACCGGAUGAUGCUAUAUCAACACAUAGUUUUAAGCGGAGGGAGCACCAUGUAUCCUGGAUUGCCAAGCCGAUUGGAAAAAGAAAUACAUGAUCGUUAUCUUGAUGUUGUCCUGAAGGGUAACAGAGAUGGAUUGAAGAAACUACGACUAAGAAUUGAGGAUCCACCUCGUAGGAAGCACAUGGUGUACCUCGGAGGUGCUGUCCUUGCAGGAAUAAUGAAGGAUGCACCGGAGUUUUGGAUUAACAGGGAAGAUUAUCUAGAAGAAGGAAUUGCUUGUCUAAGCAGGUGUGGCCAGGCAUGACUUUGAUGAUCGCUCUGAAAAUGGGAGACUAUUUUGGGAAGCAAAAGCGCACCAGAGGCUGAGUGAUGAAUAUUCAAAGCUGUUAAAACUGCCUCCUAAAAUAGCUUGCAUUAAUUGCUGUUGGCCUUGUAUAGCUGUCCUCAAGGCUACUGGAGGCUAGUUGUGAUUGUAUAUGCACUCAUGUUUUCGUGAUAGAUACGACAAGAAGUUCUUGUAUCGUGUUUUUUGUAACGAGAAUUGUUGAAUAAAGAAUACAUUGUAAAUUUUAUGACUGCUCCAUAGCUUGUAUUAUGGAAUACAUUACACAUCUAUGUUGGCUGUGGAAAGAUGGCCAACUGAUGUAUUAUAUAAUUUAGCUGUGCCUGAGGAAAAUAUUGGAGCUUUGUGUUGAGGAGUAA